GAUUUUUUGUUUAGAAAAAAAAUUUUUUUUUUUAAAGAUUUAGGCUUCGAGUGAGGGGUUAAGAGGCAAAAAAUCGAUCCCGCCUCGUUUUCUCGUGACACCCUGGCCAGGGAACUGUCAAACUCUGUGGUAAAAAUUUAGUCAAGCUGCAGGUGUAAGUGAAUGUCCCAGAAAGAAGACAAGUGACUACUGGACCUCAGUCAUUGAAGAAAGCUGCAGGCCCUUAUUAGUGUCAUGCUUUAGUUGGAAUCCUUGAGAAGUGAGAAAUUUAUGGGAUAAGUAAAAGGAUGACAUCCAUUGUAAGUACCAGCUUUACCUUGAUUCCCAACCAGAAAUACAGACGUAGCAGCCGACGAUCCAACCAUUCUUGCAACAUCCUUGGCUCAGAUUCUCAAAACUUAUCAACACUUGGGGACUUUAAAGCAUUACCAUUAGAGCUUUUCCAGAUAAUUUUGGAAUAUCUGUCAGUGAAGGAUAUCAGCAUGCUAAGCAUGGUGUCGAAAACCAUCAGCCACCGCCUUAUUAAUUACAUCUCAACCUCAUCCGGAAGCAGAAGGCUUUUACAGCAAGAUUUUCAUAACCUGGAGCUGUCUGGCAGAAAACAAGGCUCCUAUAUGUUGGAGCACUACAGAUCUCUAGGUUUAUUGUUUAAAAGGUGUACAUUGCUGCUGCCCACAAAAGAAAGGCUAAAGUACAUUCACAAGAUACUCUCAGAAGUUUCAUGUUUUAAAUUCAGUGGUUGUGGAAUUCCUAUGCAGUGUUUAGGAUUGCCAUGUUAUGGAAUGUUUUUACAGACCCUAACAGCAGGUUGGGAUGAGUUGGAGUGCCAUCGUGUUUAUAACUUCCUAUGUGAGUUGACUAAUCUACCCCGCAAGAUGCAUACAGUUGUUUGCAGUAAACCAGGAAGUGCACGAAAGUUGGAGUUAAGAAUUAGACUAUUUUGUCGGAGUGUCCUAUUAGAUCACUGGACACAGCAAAGUGACUCUGCCUUUUGGUUGACUCGAAUACUAAAACCAUGGCCAAUGGUGAAUCAGGCACGACUGCUCUAUAUAAUCUUUGGACCAAUAUCAUCUCAGGAUGGACAGGUGGUUUGGCAGAAAAUGACAGAAGGACCUACAGAUGAAACCAGUCUAAAAGGCUUAGCUGAUGCCAUUAAAUUACUGUAUGACAAUGACACUAAAGAGUGGACAGCAGAUGAUGUAAUCAGUCUUGUAGAUGAACUAUCAGUGGUUCCCCGAGAAUGGCUUUUGGAGAACAAUGCACGUCUCCUUAUCCUAAGUGGGAACAAUAUAUGUUUCACCUUCAUGGCUAGCAAAGCUGUGAAUGGACGGGCCAAUGAACUAGCACGGAUGAUAGUCUUUUUGGCUUUGGUCUGCGAGAAGGACCUGUACUGCAUGGACUGGGCAGUAAAAAUGAUGCAAAAAGUCUGCAAAGUCUUUAGCACGCAGGUGGAGAGAAAUAACUUCCUACAGAAUGUGGAAAAUGCAUUUGCACGUGUUAUAAUGGACAUGCUGCAGUCAGUUAUGUCUGGAGACCAAGAUGAAGAGGAUAGCAGCUUUUUGAAUUUGUUUCAUCUUGUGAAUGCACAGGCUAAUUUCCAUAAGGAAGUUUUAUAUAUAACCAUGAACAGUACCUCCACCUAAAUACUCAGACAUGAUUUUAGGGAGGGCCUCACUGAUCCAACUUUUAAUAGACAGCUGCUUUUUCUCCAUGCUCAUCUUUUCACACAUGAAAUAUAUGAUGUAUGUGUGAUUUUUUUUCAACUAGUUACCCUGUCCUAAGAGCCAAAAAAAGGUGCUCUAGUUUUAGCAACAACUGAUUACACCAUUGAAUCUAGAAUGUUUUGUGAAGACUUGUAGAGGAGUUUGAGGCUGUUUAAAAUACAAAUUCACUUUGCCAUCUCUCUGAACAUAUAACCACUAUGAGAAUAUUAUUCACAUUACUAUUCACUUUUGCAGAAAAUAACAGAUCAUCUAGAUAUAAAGAAAAUAUAUUUUGCUCCUUUUCUUUAAAGUGAAUCAUAUACUUUGCUAGGGAUGGAGAUAAAUGCUGCAAAUAGAGGAAAAGUAUAAAAGGAAGGAAAUUACCUAUCUUGCUGCCUGAACAACUUCAGAAGUAGCUUUUACUUUUUCUAGGUUUUUUCAUAAGAUUUUCCCCUCAUCCUCAGAAAGUGAGUUACUUCAAGGAGGUCUGAAAAAGGAAACUGGAAAUAUCAGAGCUUAGAACAGAUGAAUUAGCCACAGAUCUAGUUCAAAGGAUAGUGGCUGUAUCUGCAACCAACUAAUGAAAACCCAGGAAGAGCAACCUGGUAAGAGCAGAGGUCUAGGAUAAUUUGAACCUAACCAACUGUCUCUGUCACAUUACAAUUAUAGUAAAAGUUAAAGUCCCCAAUGGGGCUAAAAUCAUGUUGGAAUUCAUCUCUCUGUAGCUCUGCCUUCCAUCACUCACUUCUACUAAAGAUAAACUGUCGGUGUCCUGCUGUGAUUCUUUUAGGGUUUGGCAAUCGGGGUUUGACUUCUUUCACCAGACCUCCAGCUUCCUUCACCAAACCACUUGAAAUGACUCACCUAGGAAUGUAGAAAGGACCCUGAAUAAGAAGUAAAAAAUUACUUGAAGACAGGUUAGCUCUAGCAAGUGAGGCUAGUGCAUGGGGAAAUGCAAAUUGUGGGAAAUUCUGGCAUAUUUGGUUGUGUUUGGUACAUGAAAAAGACAGGAAAUGGACAAAACUAAGGAAAAGCAUAAGUUGUGGGAAAAUAUUAGUUGUGAUAACAUAAAAGCAGGGUUUCACCAGAGUUUCUAUUCCAACAGAAUUUAUCUUGGAAAAUUUGCACUCAGAAACAAAUAUUUCCUUACUAUGAUAAAAGUUUUUGCAGGGAACUUUUUAAAGCAUUUAACAACAAAUGGUCCUACUUUAAUUACUUUGAUGGUGGGAGUUUUUUUGUUCCCAGUUUUGGUUUAGCUUUUUCUGCAAAAGACAAAGAUUCUUGCUUUUUUUCUUUGGUUUCAUUUUGUUCUUUUUCUGAUAAGAAUUCUCCCACAGUUGAGGUCUAAAAAUUAAAAGUUGAGAGAUAACCAGAAUAUGUAAUAUGAUUUUAAUUUUAAUAUAAUAGUGUCAUAUCCAUUAAAGCCUUGUACAUACCAGAAUUUAUUUAAUACACACAUUGUUGAACCUAAGUUGAAAAUACACCCUAUUGAAUAAUUUUAGGGUGAAAAGGGGAAAUUAUUUUUUAAAGUGAUCAUAAUAGCUUGAAAGGUAAUUAUUUACAUGUAGGUAGUAAUGAUUUUUCAUAUUGUUUCACUGUAAAAAGCUAAUCAUUAUGCAUCUUAGUGGUAGAAAUGUGGCAUAUUGAGGUUUCUCUUGGGUUAUUAUUAAACAUUAUCAAAGCUAUUUGGUUGUUUUCAGCAAGAUUGCAAAAUUAGCAUAGUAAGGUUUCUGUCAAAUAUAGUCCAACCUGGAUUUUAGAUCUUAUAUUGUAUUGACAAGUUGACUACUUUGAAGAAAAAAAGUAUAUUUUGUUAUAUUUUUUCACUGUGAAAUGUUAUAGUACCCUCCAGCCAAACUUGGGGAAAAAGCAAAAACUACAUUCAUUCUUUGUUAAUGGUGGCUAACUUGACGUAUUUUGCCACCAACAAAAAAUAACCUGACAGAUUUUAAGGCCUGUCUUUGAGGACUACAAACAACAUUUGAAACCAGAUUUCCAAUUUCCUCAAGCCAACCAGUCCAGUUUUCCAUGAAGUGAUACUUAUAUAUUUGUCAUCAGGAAUAAAUUGUAAAGUUAAACUUUUAAAGAAAGUUUCCUAUUAUUGUUUUAAAAAUUACCACUGCUAAAUUAAAGGAAGAGAUAUAUAAUAUUUCUAUAAAGCAGAAGCAUUUCGGGGCAAUAAAUACCAUUAAUGCUCUGCAAGAAGGGCUGUUAGUCAAUUUUCACUAAUUACAAUAACAAAAAAUCAUAACAAUAGUAUUGAAAAUACUAAAAAUGGGGCAGCUAGG